CUUCGUCGAUGAUUCGAUGUCGAGUGAACAGAUCUAGGGUAACCAUCUUUGAACCUCCGAGGUAACGAGCUUGACCGAGGUGAGCCGGGAACGGACAAUCUGCAGGCCGAUCCCUCUUUGUAGUCGUCCCGUGAUCUUAUUGGCCAACAAUCUCAUCGCGACUUCUCUCUUAGCUUCAUAUUCAUUUGAAUCAGGGCAGAAGCGAAGUUUAAGUUCAACUCAUCAUUUACCGUCCUUCUUCAUCAAUCGACAUCAAAAUCUAGAGGCAUCUUAUAUCGAAAGAUCUGCCGAUGUGUUUCAAUUGACACAAGGCUUCAAGAGAAGGCGAAACGAGCGGUGGAUGAGAACAAAGAAGACUCGAGUAAGAUGGCUUCCCUAUUUCACUACAUCAAACUCCUUCUCAAAAUUGCGGAAUUCUCGACGAGGCUGAGACUCGACUUUCAUGUUCAAUUGAAAUAGGAGUCUAUGGGGUUGUUCUGCACACAAUUACUUCACCCUCCUGACACUGCCGUUGUGCUACUGCUCGGUUGUCCGUGAAUAAGGUUCUAGGCUUACCACUGAUUCAGAUCUGUUCCAUCACUCGACCGAAUUCAAGACCUCGAUAGUACACUUCCACACCAAAUUUUAUGUGGGAUAUCGUCUUCGCACCUCAAAUCUUCAUCAUGUCUGAAACUCAAACCGAAGAGGUUCGUGCCUCAGUUCCCAUGGAGACCAAGGUUGAAGAUGUCAAAACCGAGAAGAAGCCAUUCUCCUGGCUCGAACCGCAUCCCACCUUUGUCAUCAUACUCGUUGGUCCUGAUGAGACUCCUUUCGGCAUACAGAAAGAUUUCCUCUGCUCUCGAUCCGAGUUCUACGAAAAGCACUUUUCAGAAACCAAACCCGAUGACAAGAUUGAGCACAUAGUCAAGCUUUCUGAGACCACAAAGGAAAUAUUUGGACUGGCUCAGCAUUUCCUUUACACGGACAAGGUGAUUGCGGACGAGGCCAAUCUCCCAUCGUACGAGGCUCUUGUUGGACUUUGGAAGCUUGGUCAUAAACUCAAUAUCAAGGGACUGUGUGACAAAGCUCUUACCGCUAUGAUUGACUGUCGUCGAAUCACGGAAUCGAUCCCAGCUACACCCCUUCUCAUCCAGGUCUGGAAGGAUACACCUGAAGGCUCAUCGAUUCGAAAACUGCUGCUGUCAUGGACCGCUGAGUACAUGCGCUUUUCGGACGCCCGAGCAGAAUUUGCCAAGUCGCUACCUCAGGAGGUCCUCAGCGAGCUUGUCGUUGCCAUGAGCUCCUUCGACACGGUUCCCGCCCCCGAAGCAUCAGCCAUCAGUGCUGUCCCUUCUGUGACACCUCGAAAGAACGUUCAUUAUCUGGAGGACGAGCCUGAGAAUGAUGCGAAGAAGAGCAGACGAACGAGCGGUGGACUAGUCAGCGCUCCAGCAUCAGCAGAUCGAUCGAUCAAAGCUCGCGGAUCUUUGCCCAAGCCCGCGCCUCGACGUAGGACUAGUGCUGGCUAUGCCGAAGGCCGAGACUUUACCACAUCACAAAAGUUGGAUUUCUGCGCGGACCUGUUGACAAGAAUGUUGUCCGGACCUGGAUUCUGGACCAGACUCGUCGGCCCUUUUAGAGACGCUGUCGAACCCGUGGAGGAUGGCGUGCCUGACUACUUCGAGAAGGUCAAACGACCAAUGGACCUUACCACGAUCAAGGCCAAGAUGGAUCGCAAGGAGUAUACCAGCGACGAAGAGUUCGUUGCAGACGUACGUCAGAUUUUCGAUAACUGCUUCACGUAUUGGAAGAAGGGAGACCCAAUGUGGCUUGCGGGGGAGAAGCUCCAGAAGACGUUCGAAGACAAGUUUUCUCACAUGAACAAAUGGAUUGCCAAGAUGGGUGGUGAUGAAGCCGACUAGAUGGGAGCUCCAUCGCGAAGAUCCACUAGGGUCCAAGGAGAAUCUCCAACUUUGAGGGACGGAAACCAAGGUGAUGUUUGAAACGCCUGUAUUAUACAUAUAUGAGGUGCGCCCUAGCCAUCUUGUACCAGACACCGGUUAGGAGACUACAGGAUGGGGAUACGUGCUUGUGCUAAUAAGUAAGGUAAUGCGUUUCUUUUGGGCGUCUCUGGGAGGUAUGGUAAAAGGAGAGUCGGAUCUUUAUGUCCGCUCACAGUACAAUAGCUCGAGUAAUUGAUUUAUUAAACCUGAGUAAGGUGAUCGAUC